UUUACAGUAACAACGUAGGCUUUGGUUAGGGAUGCUUUAGUCGGAGUUCGGAAUAGUGCGUGGACUGUGUUGGUUAAACACUCUCGAAUUUGUGACAGUUUGCGGCUUCAAUGUUAGCUACGAACCGCAGGGUUUGGUCAACAUGGUAAACACAAGUGGCGUGAUGGUAAACGCAAAUGGCGUGGGAAAUCAAACGGAAAUUUCAUCAAGGGAGGUGGAGAUGGUUGCUGUGGGAAAGACGUUGGACGCUAACAAGUACGCCACCAAGAAAACCAUCGCCCAGGGAAUGCUGGAUAUUGCAUUACUGACGGCGAACGCUUCUCAAUUAAAAUACGUUUUGCAAUUAGGACAUCGGCAUGAAUUCUAUCACAUUAUGGUCUCUCUGAUUGCCUCUUCGAUUGUUCUUCAGGAUGAUCCUACUUCACGCGAGGAAGACUUUGCGCAACGGAAUCCCAAAUUACUGGCCGAGCUACACAUAAAUAGAAUCAUUAGUAAGGUGGUUAUUAUGGUGAUCAGGAAUAAUGUUAUACCUGUCUGGAGUGUUUUGACUCCGAGCAGCACAGCGGUAGCGGAAACAACAAACAGUUAUUUAAGAGGUAUCUCUGUCAAGAUUAGUGAGAAGUACCGACCUCUCCGUCGACCCACACUUCCACCUGGAUUAUGUCACUUUGAGCCUCCUUCUCAUUUGUUUUGUGAUGAUAUUGAGCUUUUAGAUGAAUCAAGUGCAUUGAAACUAGUGGAAUCUAUCAGAAAUCUUCGGACCCAAGAGUUAGUAAGAAGAAAGCAGAGAAUAGCUGCACUAGAGGAACAAAAUAUUGAUGAAAAGGAAAUAGAAGAGAUAACUUCAGGUCUCCCUUUAAAUAGCCGAACAAACAGCAUUCCUUCACAAAAUGUUAUCAACUUGCAUCCAUCAAAUGGUCAAUUGCUGCCACAUACUCAGACCUCAAUGGAAGUUCUUACACCAAUCCAAAGCUCUACAGUGGAAAUCAAGAAAAAGGAAAAUAUGUCUGUCAUUAACCUAGCUGAAUUUGAAAGCUAUUCAACUAAUCCUUUUGAGGAAAUGGAACUAAAGACCUUAAAUGAUAAAGAAGAGCUAGCCAUGUUGCUUCAACCAAACUCCCAGUCAUCUUAUCGGCUGCCUUAUCAAAACUAUAACCCUUCAACAAUGGCAGCAUGGCCUGAACAAAGACAUCAACUCCCCUUGGGGCAAUAUCAAUCAAGCUGGAUUCCAAAUGAAAACACAGUUUUCGGUGCGGAUAAGAUAUCUUUUGGGAACAUGUGCACGCCUAUGCAAUCCAACGAUCGAACCGUUUCGCAUACAAACUUACGCCAAGCCAAAAGUGUCCCAGACCUGUCUGAUACUAGCUUUGGCACUGGAGGAAUUCCAAUAAAUCAUCUGCCAUUUGCAGGGGCAUUGGAUAAGAGACUCAGCUCUCGCACUCCUCCUCCACGUUUAACGUUAGACUCAAUAAAAAGGCCAAUGCCAAUGCCAAGUAUGACUCACUCGCUGCCAUUCGAAAAGAACCUUACCGCAGUCGAGAGAUGCUUAGUCCAACAAUUGCAUGAUAUGGGAUUUGUACGGGAAACAGCAGCCCGAGCUAUUGCUCGUCUGGGUGCCAAUGAAAAGGAUGUUGUUGACCAACUGUUACUAAUUCAAAAAUUGGAAGAAGCUGGCCAUUCGAUCCAGAGGAUAGAAUCUGCAUUGGACGUUCUUAAGCCUUGUACGGAAUUACCAGAACAGAUAGAGCAUCACCUAAGGCUGGUCGAUCAGCUGUCGGCAUUAGGAUUUGACCAUAGAAAAAUAAGUUCUGCCUUAGUGGCGGCAUGCCACAAUCGCGACAAGGCCUUGGAUAUUCUUUUGCUGAAGUGAUCAUAUGUUCAUUCGUGUUUUCAUGACCUAUUGCUCUUAUGUUUUGUUUAUUGAAUAUAUUAUUUCCUAGUGUAUCAACAUUGAAAACAUCAAUGAUUCUGUGCUUCUUCAUAACUCUUUUGUUAGAAUAAAUUGACAUUUAUUUAUCUGUGAA